AUGUGUGGCCGGUAUGCCAUGGGCAUUCGCCUCGCAUUCAUUCGAAACCAAUUACAACAGCGUGGCCAACCCGUGGAUGAAGCAGCAGAUGACUAUGACGUGAGGCAAACUUACAAUUUUGCCCCUGGGAGUUACGGCGCGGUCUAUCGCGCAGACACCUCUGAUCAUGGCAGCCUUGUCGGGUCCCAGAACGCGGACGAAGACACUGGCAACAACGAGCAAGUGGAAGAUCACGAGGCACACGAUGAGCCAACGAAGACACCGAAGAACAGAACACUUUAUAAACUUCAAGCCAUGAAGUGGGGGUUGAUCCCUUUUUGGACCAAACGAUCGCCUGAUUACGGCUCUAUGUUGAAAACAAUCAAUUGCCGGGACGACUCUUUAAUCGAGGAUAGGGGAAUGUGGACGUCCAUGAAGAGAAAGAAGCGCUGUGUUGUAAUCUGUCAAGGCUUUUACGAAUGGCUGAAAAAAGGCCCCACUGGGAAAGAGAAAGUUCCACAUUAUGUCCGCCGGAAGGACGGGGAUUUCAUGUGUUUUGCUGGUCUUUGGGACUGUGUUCAGUAUGAAGGCUCCGAUGAGAAACUCUACACGUACACCAUUAUCACCACUAGUUCGAAUGCAUAUCUUAGGUUCCUUCAUGAUCGAAUGCCUGUCAUCCUCGACCCCGGGAGCCGUGAAAUGGCUACAUGGCUUGAUCCCCAUCGCAUUACCUGGUCAAAGGAACUCCAAUCAAUUCUCAAGCCCUAUGAAGGGGAGCUCGAGUGCUAUCCCGUCAGCAAAGAAGUAGGGAAAGUAGGAAACAACUCUCCAGAGUUUAUUAUCCCGGUAAACAGCAAGGAAAAUAAAAGCAACAUUGCGAACUUUUUCACUGGUACUGCCAAAGGCAAACCUGGGCAGAAGCCCCAAGGUCAUGAUAUCACCGAAACUAGCGGCGAAAAGUCACAAGAAGCAAAUUACGUUUCGGUGCUUGAUCAGGAGAGCAAAGGGGAACAGGGAGAAAGAGAUCUCAAAACUGAAACAAAUUUAACUACAUUCAAAUCAGAUGACGAUGCUGAUUCUGCUGCGCAGAUCUCGGCAGCUAAACGAAAACGGGCAUCCCCGGAAGCUACUGAAGCCCGUGAUGUAGCAGCCAAUCCCCCUAAAGUAACGAAACCAAACAUCGCGCAGCUUCCCCCUGAAAAGGAUUUUGUCCAAUCUCCCACAAAAUCUAGUGGUAAAAAUAAAAAAAUGAGGAGCGCUACCAGCAACGGUUCAGCCCUGAAGCAAGGGAAGGCCAAAAAGGCGGCAAGCGGGACUCAACGAAUCACUAAUUUCUUUAAAUAA